GAUUGUUUCCUAAUCUCUUGGUUUCUUCCAUUUCCUGAACAGACAAAUAUUCAAGGCCAGCAGUGAUUGGACAUGCUGGAAGUUUUGGAUCAUACCCAAACAGUGCUGAAGCUAUCAAGGACAUUCUAGUGUCUGUUUUAAAUGCAUCUGGUUUGAAGCCCUCUUUGGUGCUGGAGCAGACCACAAUGCAAGGAGCCAAGCAUCCAGACAGUGAUGUGGAACAGUGGGAAGAAAGCAGCGCUGGGGAUAGCCAUGAUGACAGUGACAGCGAUUCUGCACAUCACAGUGCUGCCUGUACACAAACAGACAUUCGGUUUACAAGGCACCAGGCAUGCUGGGACAACACGUGCUGUGAUUCCUCUAAACCUUCGCUGGCUACUUUCUUUAGUUUCCAUUCCUCUGAUGAUGAUCGUGCUGCUUCCUCCUUGAAUGGUUUCAGUCUUUCAGACAUGUCCCCUCUGAGGCAGGACUGCUUUACCCAGGUGACAUUAACAGGAGGCACUGUCACAUCGGCUGUUUUGCAUUCUAGCAAAGAACGUUAUACCUCCCCCAAACAAGAGUUGACUUUCACAAGGUUUCUUCCCAGUUCAACUGCUGGUAAGCCAGCAGAUCUGUUGAAAUACCCUGAUGCUUUGGAGCCUGCGCCUGUCAGGGACAGUGGCAGCAAUUCUCCCAGUAGACUUCCCCAGUCAGAGCCAGUCAAUCAAACAGGUUCUACAUCUCCUUUGAACAUUAGCAUUAUACCCUUGAAUCGUUCGUUGCAGGACAUGUGCAUGCUUCCGGAAGAUGUGGAGAAGGAAAAUGCACACUUUUUUGUUGCAGAUAUGAUUAUAGCAUCAUUAGAAAAAAUGAAAUGUAAUAUCCUAAGCCAACAAGCAGAGUCCUGGGGUGUGGAGGAAGCAAGUGGAUCAGAUGGCAGCUAUCACACUGAUUCGGAGUUAUCUUCUUACCCUGGAGUGAAGAAGUCUGAUUCCUCUGUUGCCUCUUCAGACAGUGGUUAUGAAGGCUGUGCUCUGCUCCCUGUCAGCUCCCCAAUGCAUCUACCAUCACAUCAUGAGGCUACCAGAUUUCAUUGCAAUAGUGACUCAGAGGAUGAAUAUGUAAUUAUUGAACUUGAAGACCUUGAAAAUCUGUCUGUCACCCCAGAUGAAAGAUCAUCUUUUGAACCAGUCAGCAAUUCUGCUGAAGCAACAGCCCAGGAGUUGUGCAGAGCUUUCAGAAAACACUGGUUGCAGACAGACUCUGCAGUUCAACUAUCUGGGUGCCUGAGCUCAUCGAAGCAGAGAUCUGUGCUGAAAGAAGAGAUUCCAAGAGAGCUUGAGUCCAGUUUGAGUCUGGUUGAAGAAAUAAAGAUUGUAUCCAAAUUAAGAGGAUCUUCUGGCUGGGCCCCACCAAGAUCACAGAUUAUAUUUAAUAUUCACCCUUCAGUUAAGAGAGAUGCAGUGGUGGCUGCCCAAAACUUCACAUGUGUUGGCUGUGGAACCCCAAUAGAAAGCAAAUAUAUCAGGAGACUCCGCUAUUGUGACUACCUGGGGAAAUACUUCUGUGACUGCUGCCACAGCUAUGCCCAGUCUUGCAUUCCCGCCCGAAUACUUCUGAAGUGGGACUUCAAAAAAUACUAUGUAUGCAACUUCUCCAAACACCUAUUGGACAGCAUAUGGCAGCACCCCAUUUUCAAUGUGUCCUGUAUUAACAAAGCCCUCUACACAAAAAGUAAAGAAAUGGACAGGGUGAGGGAGGUGCAAGAACAGCUUUUUCAUUUAAAAAAGCUUUUGAAAACCUGCAGGUUUGGAGAAAGUAUACUGAAAGAAUUUGAGCAGGUUCCCAGCCAUAUGACAGAGGAGCUGCAUCUCUUCUCACUGGAUGAUCUGGUGAAGAUCAAACGAGGGCAGUUACUGCCCCUUCUGAAAGAUAUUCUGAAGAGCUCCACCUCCCAUGUGGAUGGCUGUGAGCUCUGUCAAGCAAAGGGGUUUAUCUGUGAAUUCUGUCAGAGCGCGGAUCUGCUAUUUCCACAUCAGAUUGUCAAAUGCAAAAGAUGCACAGAAUGCAAAACAUGCUUUCACAAAGCAUGCUUCAAGGCUGGAGGCUGCCCCAGGUGUCUGCGGAUUGCAGCUCGGAGGACGCUUUCAGAAACUCCGUCACUGGUGCCUCCAUGAAGCUGGGUUCCUCUGAUGACUGCUGAUUUCAGAAGAUGCUCAAAGCAAAAUCUUUAGGUGCCUGGCUAAGAAUUAAAUAAUGUUGUUUUAGACAUUACUAUUUUUAAUAGUUGUCUCCUUUUUGGAGUGUAAGAAAAAAAAAAAGACAAAGAGACUUUAAUAUCAUCAUUGAAAACUCACCCUAAAGGAGUUUCAUCUUAACUGGUGACUGAAAGACUGGAUGUUAAUUCUGUGAGCAGCCUUUUGUUGGUAUGUUUUGUCCUUGUAUGUAAGAUUUUUGAUA